AAAACAAUGAACUCAAAGAAAAAUUAAAACGCAUUACCAACUUAUAUGAAGAAAAUAAAUCAGAUCUAGAAAGAUAUUAUAACGUUAUUCAAAGAACUUAUUCGAUAUUACAGGAAGCAUUUAAUAUUAGGCAAUUAGCAGGUUUAUGUAAUGAAAUUAGAGAUGUUUGUGGAGGAAGUGAAGUUGUAUACAAUUCGUUUGAUGAUGCUUUAAGUGCCUCUGAGCCAAAAAUAGUUAAAGUUAUUGAAGAAAAUGAUAGAGAUCAAAAUUUUCCAUCUUUAAAUCGUUUUCCCGUUUUUAUGA